GCACCAGGAGUGCAGUGCUUAACACAGAAGCCCGUACCAUAGAAGCAGACGUCCUGAGCCGCCGCUGUGUCAUGAUGCGGCUGGUGGAUUUCUCCUAUGAGCAGUACCAGAAGGCUCUCCGCCAGUCAGCUGGUGCUGUGGUGAUCAUCUUGCCACAGUCCAUCUCUUCUGUCCCACAGGAUGUUGUAAGGCAAUUCAUGGAGAUAGAACCAGAAAUGCUUGCUAUGGAAACCAUUGUGCCAGUCUACUUUGCAGUGGAAGAUGAGGAGCUGCUGUCUAUCUACGAACAAACACGGGCUGCUUCUGCAUCGCAGGGUUCUGCCUCGGCUGCAGAAGUUCUGCUGCACACAGCAACUGCCAAUGGCUUCCAGAUGGUGACCAGUGGAGCCCAAAGCAAAGCUAUCAAUGACUGGCUCAUACCCAGUGUGGAGGGAAGGCUAACGGGGCUGGGGGGAGAAGACUUACCGACUGUGGUGAUAGUUGCCCACUAUGAUUCUUUUGGAGUGGCUCCAUGGCUGUCACACGGUGCUGACUCCAAUGGCAGUGGUAUCUCAGUGCUACUGGAACUAGCCAGGCUGUUUUCCCGGCUCUACACCUACAGACGUACACAUGCUGGGUAUAACUUGCUCUUCUUUGCAUCUGGAGGUGGCAAGUUUAAUUAUCAAGGAACCAAGCGGUGGCUGGAAGACAACUUGGACCACACUGAUUCCAGCCUGCUGCAGGACAACGUAGCAUUUGUUCUCUGCCUUGAUACUCUGGGCCGAGGCAAUAGUCUUCAUCUCCAUGUCUCAAAACCUCCCAAGGAAGGGACCUUGCAGCAUGCGUUUCUGAGAGAACUGGAGAUGGUUGUGGCCAGCCAGUUCCCAGAGGUGAAGUUUUCCAUGGUGCACAAGAAGAUAAACUUGGCUGAGGACAUGCUGGCGUGGGAGCAUGAGCGUUUUGCAAUCCGACGCUUGCCAGCAUUCACCGUCUCCCAUCUGGAGAGCCACCGGGACAGCCUGCGCAACAGCAUCAUGGAUAGGAGGGCACGAAUAGAUACUAAGGCACUAACCAGGAAUACCAGGAUCAUUGCUGAAGCUUUGACACGGGUCAUCUACAACCUAACAGACAAGGGAGCACCUGCAGAUCUGCAGAUCUUCACAGAUCAGAUGGAGAUCCAGGAGGAACAACUAGAAUCAGUGAUGGACUGGCUGAGCAGUCAGCCCAGGGCUGCCCAGCUGAUUGAUAAAGACAGCACCUUCCUCAACACCUUAGAAUAUUAUAUGGGUCGCUACCUGAAGGAUGUCAAACAGCAUCAUGUAAAGGCAGACAAACGGGACCCUGAGUUUGUUUUCUAUGACCAGCUGAAGCAGGUGAUGAAUGCAUACAGGGUCAAGCCAGCAAUCUUUGACCUGCUUCUGGCUGUCUGUAUUGCAGCCUACCUUGGUGUUGCCUAUGUUGCAGUGCAGCACUUUGGUCUCCUUUACAAGAUGAUACAGAGAUUAUCCGUUAAAACCAAGCAGCAGUGAAGCAAUGAGCCAUCACUCAUGCAGCAGCACUGAGCCAUCGGUGAGCCCGUCAGGAACCUUCUGGCUUCCACUGAAUCUUGCUGUUUCUCUUCCUUUGUCUCCUCUUUGCUACUCUGUAGAGGGGAGGAAGGCAGAAAGAAAAGAGAAUUUUAACACUUGUGCACCUUUUUAAGUGCUUUCCUUCACCUUCUUCCCCUGACUUACACCAUGUCUGUGUUCCUUUGC